AAAAAAAAAAAAAAAUAGAAACACGCACACACACACUUGUCGAACCGUUCCCACCCAAAACGAACAGAAACUGGUGGUGAAAAAAAAGUAACGCGCCGUUGCUUAGACCUGAAGGGAACAUCUUUAUGAUCAACCCAACUGCUAGGGCAAACAGUUCUUAAAAUCAAUCGAUUUUGCAAUUUUUGAUCUGACUUCUUGCCGGUCGUUAUUGAUGGCGGGUGCAUCAAACACUAGCCAAUUGCACCAACAAAACCCACCGUCGACCGCCGUACUCCGCCACGGAAUUAGUACCAUUGAGGAGAGGGAGGCGGAAACCGGGCCCAGCGUCGACCCCUUUGAUUUUCACGCUCUUUCUCCGCCUAACCUUUCCUUCGUUGUGCCCUCCAGCUACGGAGAUUUUGGUUUGACCUGUUCCGGAACCGUGUCUGAAAGAUUCGAAUCCGUUCACUCGGACUGCAAUUUCUUCCACUACCGAGGAGGAGGAGAUGAAGACGAUGAUGACGAUGAUGACGAUGACCAAAUGAAUUUCGUUACGGAUUUGUUUGGGACGCGGCAAGGCUCAUCAAAUGAUCGGAAUCGUUUUCAAAUCGGAUCCAAUUGUAGGGAUAUGGUUGAAGAACCGGAGUUAAUUUUAGGGUUAGGUUCUUCCAAUACGAUUGCCUCAAUUGAUGGCCUUCGGGUCGCAGGUGUGGAUUCUGAGUCCGAUUCUGAAGAUAUGGAGAUAGAUUCUGGCGGUGAUCAUGGUAGGUUGAUUCAAAACGAUGGUUUGGGGUCACCCGAUUUUUGGGAUUGCCUGCAAUUCGACGGUCAACGUGAAAGGGGUUCUUUUACUGACGAAUUCGAGUGGGAGGAAGUCAACAUUCGCGAAAAUAUGACAUCUUUGAUUGACAGAAUCGAACAACUUUCAAUCUCAUCCUUCAGCGAAAGUUCACCUUUUGUCAAUGAAGAGGAAGAAAAUGCAAGGAAUAUUGAGUGGCAGGUACUUUUAGCUGUUAAUAAUCUGGACUUAGGAUCCGGGUACGAUGAAUACAAUGUACAGUUCGGGGAGCUUGUGGGAGAGGAUGGUAAUGUAAGAGGCGGUCCUCCAGCUGCCAAAACAGUGGUGGAAAGCUUGCCUUCAAUCGUGCUGACAAUUGAGGAUUUGGCAAAGAGUAAUGUGGUUUGUGCAGUUUGUAAGGAUGAUAUACCUGUAGGGCUAAAUGUGACUAAGCUGCCAUGUUCUCACCAUUAUCACAAGGACUGUAUUUUGCCAUGGCUAGCUAUUCGCAAUACCUGCCCGCUUUGUCGCUUUGAGUUGCUCACAGACGAUGCAGAUUAUGAGAGAAGGAAGAACAGCGAUGAUGCAGUAGCUGGUUCUGUUGAUCAAGAUGAUUCGCAAGUUAGGUAUCAUUAUCAACUUUUUCCUUUAGAGUGAUUUGCAAUGUUAUUUUGUAGAGGAUUUUGCUGGAUUGUUUUAAGGUGUCUAUGCAUUAUUGUAAAGUUACAAACUUAGCUGGAUUGUUUAAGUUUCUAUGCACUAUUGUAAAGUUACAAACUUCCAAGCAAGGAAGUAUAUCACUGUUAGACAGUUUUACAGAAGUCAUGUACGUUUUUAUGCCAUCGACAGUAAAUUGGGCAGUUUGCCUAAGGGUUGUAGCCAUAAACAAAUUGCAAGCAAGGGUUGCAGUAUGCUGAAAAAAAAGUUCUGGUUGGAAUCUAGUGCGAAUGAAAACAUGGUUGUCUUCUUCACGCUCACUCAAUGAGAUUUUGUUGUCUAUUAUAGAAAUUGACUGCCACUUUCGAAUGAGAUAAUUGAGUUGGGCUUAAUCCAGUGAUAUUUAUCUGCUUAAGUUCUUGCAUGUUCCAUAAUCAUUAUAGGUAUAUGAUUUUGUGGUUGUGAGGA